AUGAAAUCUUCUCAAGAUGUAAAAUCUGUGGAGCUGACACUAGGGUGUCAACAGCAAGAUAUGAAUUGCCAGGAGUUGACUUCAGGUUGGCAAGGUGUGAAAUCAGUAGUGUUGGCACCGGAGCCAACUAAGGAGUUAAUACUAGGACCAGUGUUGUCUAGUGUCAAAACGUCAUAUUUGUCUCCAGAAUCACAGCAACAAGGUGUGAAAUCUUUGGAGUUUAUUUCAGAGUCAGAAUUGCAAAGUGCAAAACAUAUGGAAUUAUCUUCAAUGUCUCUGCAGCAAACUAUAAAAUCUAUGGAGUUAGCACCAGCAUCACUGCUUCAACAAGUGAAAUCUGGGGAGCUAACUCCAAAACCAGAUUAUGAAAUCACAGAAUCCUCUGAAGUUAUCCCUAGGACAGAGCAUCAGUUUGCAGAAUAUACAGAGAUGAUUCCAAAGCCAAGGCAUCAAGACCCUAAAUCUGUGAAUUUGACUUCAAUACCAAUUCAUCCAAUCACAGAAUCUUCAGAAAUGACACAUCAAGGCCCAGAAACUGCAGAGAAACCUGUGGGGUUUAUCCCACAGCCAAUGGGUAAAACCAUGGAAUCUUCAGAGAUGCCUCUGGAGCUAGAUCUUCAAGUACCAGAAUCUGUGGAUCUAACUCCAGUGCUAGAGGAUCAAGGAUCAAAAUCAUUAGAAUUGACCCCAGAGAAAAGUUACCGAGUCCCAGAAACUCUAGAGUUACCCUCUCAGUCAUGGCCUCAAGUUAAGGAUUUGGGGAUGUCAUAUACCAAGCCACCGCAGAAAGUUGUGGAAUCUGAAGGAAUGACCCCAGAGCUAAAGGAUCACAUUACAGAAACUAUGGGAUUGACUUUUGAGGCAGGGCUGCAAGGGGAAGAAUCCCUUAGAAUGACCCCAAAGCUAAUAAGUCAAGACAUUGGAUAUACAGAGAAAUCCCCAAGGGCCUAUCCUCAAGCCCUAGAACCUGUGGAGGUGAUCUCUGAGGAAAAGUUGCAAAGGGAAGAAUCUAUACUGUUGAUUCCAAAGCCACUACAUCAUGUACCAGAAUCUUCAAGGAUGACACCAGGGCCACGACAUCAAGUUCCUGAAUCUGUGGAGUUGCCUUCUGAGACAUGGGUCCAAGUGGAGGAACCCAUGGAAUUCACUGCAAUGUCAUGGGAUCAUAUGGGAUCUUCUGGGAUAGUAUCAGAGGUAGGACAUCAAGCUCCAGAAUCUGUGGGUUGGACCUGUAAGCAACAACUGCAAAUGGAGGGAUCUUUAGAGCUGCUCCCAAAGCAAACAGAUCAAGUUGCAGAAUCUGAAGAGCUCACCUCUAAGACAUGGCAGCAAGAGAAUGGACCAAUGGGAUUAACACAGUCACAGUAUCAAAGUAUGAAAUAUUCAGGGGCAGCCCCAGAACCACCAGAUCAAAUUACAGAAUUUAUGAGGAUUAGUCCAAAGCCAGUUGAUCAAGUUACAGAAUCAGCAAGGACACAGCUUCAGCUUCAAGUUUCUAAAUCAGUAGGGAUAACCUCAACGGCUCCCCAAAAAGUUGCUGAAUCUGUGGAAGUGAUCCCUGGGCCACCACUUCAAGUUGUGAAGUCUGUGGCGUUAACCCCAAGGCCAACCCUUCAAAUGGUAGAAUCUGUUGAGUUAACUCCAAAACUGCAAGAUACGAGACCUUCAGAGUUUACCUCAGGGCAAUGGCUGCAAAAUGUGAAAUCUAAGAAAUUAAUCACAGAGCCAACACACCAGAUUUUGGAAAUAAUAGAGUUGACAGGGUUUCAAAUUGUAAAGACUGUGUUAAUUCCAGGACCACCACUUCAGAUUGUAAAAUCUGAAGAAUUAACACCAGGACCAACUCCUCAGUUUGUAGUACCAACAGAAGGAGCCCUAGGAUCUGGGCUUGAAGUAAUGGAAUAUUCAGAUUUACUCCCAAGGCCAUAUCUUCAAGAACUCGUAGAACCUGUGGAAUUAACUCCAAGUCCAAAUAUUCAAGUGAAAUCUGGAGAAUUAUCUCCACAGCCAACAUCUCCAUUUGAGAAACCUAUAGCGGUGACUCAUGAACAAGAGCUUCACGCUGUGAAAUCAAUAGGGAUAAAAACACGGCCUCCUCAAGUCAUGGAAUCUGAGGAUUUGAAUCUAGGACAGGUGUAUCAGAAUAGGGAAUUCGAGGAGUUAACACCAGGAGAAGAAUUACAAGUAGGAAAUCAUUUAUCUAAGUUCAUACACAGUUCCACAUCCUCACUCAUCUCAAGCCCUGUCAAAAAUACAUCUGAAUUAGGAGGUCACUGGUACUCUGAAAUGCCAGAAGUAUCAAGAGACUUGGAUAUAAAAAUCCUUGAGACAGAUAUUUUGCAGCCUGGAGAGUCCUAUGCAGACCCUACUAUGAUACAGUCUUCAGCCCUUCCCUUGGACUUUCUGAAUCAAUCCUCUGAUCAGGCAGCUAUCGCUGUGGAAACUCCACAUCCUAAGAUCCCAGGAGUGGAUGUUGUAUCUAAGGAGAAGACCCAGAGGAAGCAGAUGGAGGAGCUAGACAACUCACUCCAAUGGGAACAUGGUCUUAAGAGCCUAGCCCAACAUCCAUCAGAAAGCUGGAGAUUACGAUCUAGGAUUUCCCAGUCAGGAUCACGUGCUCGAAGAGGGCUGACUUCGUCCAUCCUUGGCAGACAACAGAAUGUCCGUGAGAGUCACGCCUGGAAACAGCGACUACCUAGAAAAUAUCUCUCCAAUAUGGUAAUGCUGGGGAACGUCUUGGGGGCCACUAUGGAAAAGAAAUUUUGGUCUCAAACAUCUCUAGCAGAAGAAAGAGCCACAACAGAUACCUGUCAAUUUAUUCAGAAAUUAUUUGGGGUUCCAGCAGAACUGAUGAAAUUCCCCCAGAGCCUGCUUGAGAAGAGUCAGGGUACUAUUUCUCAGCCUUCAGCGAUCAAAAACUACAUUCAGAGACAUACUUCAUGCCAUGGUCAUGAGAAAAGAAUGACCUUAAGGAUGUGGACACGUGGCUCCACAUCUUCCAUAAUACAGCAAUACUCUGGGACUAUAGUGGGAAUAAAGAAAACAAACUCAAGGCUCAGUGAUAUGUCCCAGGAAGUGAGUCAACACAUGCUUGCCUCACAUACAGGGGACCACAUUACUGUGCCUGUAAAGUCGGAGUCUUCCCUCAGGAUAUUUUUCACUAGUAAAGAUUCUGUUCCAGUGGUAGAGAGUGGGAACUCACAGAGUGAUUCACAGAAAAGGACUUUUGAGCCCCAACACUCCCUCAAGCCAAGUUAUCUUCCCCAGGCUAAGACUGACUUCACAGAACAGUUCCAGCUACUACAAGAUCUGCAGCUAAAAAUAGCAGCGAAACUCUUAAGGAGCCAACUACCCCCCAAUGUGCCUCCACCUCUAGCUACAGGUCUGGUACUAAAAUACCCUAUCUGCUUACAGUGUGGCCGAUGUUCAGGAUUUAACUGUUGUCAUAAAUUACAGGCCAAUUUUGGGCCUUACCUUCUUAUCUAUCCGCAGCUCCACCUUGUAAGUACUCCUGAGGGACAUGGUGAGAUUCGAUUGCAUCUUGGCUUUAGGUUGCGAACUGGGAAAAGACCCCAAGUUCCAAAGUAUCAUGGAAGAGACAGACCCAUCAUGCCAAGGAGCCCUAUAUCACCAUCACAAAGGAAAGCUAAAAUCUAUACUCAAGCUUCCAAGAGUUCUACUCCCACCACAGAUUUCUGGUCUGGGCCUUCCCAGUCUCCUACUCCUAUACAAGUCCACAUCAGGCAAGGGCACCAUGGCAACCCUGACCCACUAGGAAGGACAGAAAUUGAAGAGUCUGGGCACUAUGAAUUCACGCAAGUUCACUCCCUGCCAGAGAGUAGUUCUGAAAGCAAUCAGGAUGAAAAAUGGGCUAAGGUGAGACCCAGAAAGUCCCCUGGUGCAAAAUAUCCAAUGAAGAAAAUCACCAAGGAAGUUAGAACACAAAGCAAUAGAAACACAAUACAUAAUCCCUCUAGGGAAUUACUAGCUCGGUUAAGAAGCAAGAGCAGUGGAGCAGCUCAGACAACUCCUGCCUCUUUAAAAAGAAAAUCUAAGAAAUCCUCCCAACCCACGUUCAUGCAACUGCUUUUUCAGGGCCUAAGGCAGGCAUUCCAAACCGCACACAGAAUUAUGGUUUCUACUGGGCAGAAGCCUGAGGGCAGAGAAAGGCCAGACAACUUGUGGUUGAACAAAAAUUCCCCUCUAAAACAAAAAGCCAGGGACUACUGCUUACCAGGAGAUAACAAAAGAGACAGGAGGCCAGUUGUCAAGAUAAGGCCCACAGGCCCAACCACUAAGCAGGGAAGAAAAGACCAAUUCAGAUCAACUCAACAGCCAAAAAGAGGUAGCUUUCUCCAGCCCAGACCUACCCAAUUGCCCAAGUCCAUAGUUUCCCAAAAAGACAUCACUUUCCAAACCACCUCAACCAGACAGCCUUUGAGUACAGUUCAGAAUGACAUUAGUAGCAGAGCUAAGAAAAACUACAGAACUGAAAUCUACAGCCAGGAGUCUAAGAACUUGCCCAAACCAGGAACCAGAGUUCAGGCCAGGGGGAGAAUCCUACAUGGUUCGUCUAUGAAGAGAAGCUCACACAGUCACUUUAAAGAGAAACCUACACACAAGGAGCAAAACCACCGCAGCAAUCCCUCUGACAGGAGUCAUCACAGUCACUCUGAGAGGAGCCAUCACAGUCCCUCUGAGAGGAGCUGUCGCAGUCACUCUGAGAGGAGCCAUUGCAGUCACUCUGAGAGGAAGAGUCGCAGUCCCUCUGAGAGGAGAAGACGCAGUCCUCCUGAGAGAAGACACAGUUUUCCUGAGAGGAGAAGACACGGUCCCCCUGAGAGGAGAAGACACACUCCCCUUGAGAGGAGAAGACACAGUCCUCCUGAGAGGAGCUGCCACAGUCCCUCUGAAAGAACCCGUUGCAGUCCCUCUGAGAGGAGCCAUCACAGUCACUCUGAGAGGAGCCGUCGCAAUCCCUCUGAGAGGAGCCGUCUCAGUCCCUCUGAGAGGAGACGACGCAUUCUCUUUGAGAGGAGCCGUCGCAGUCCCCCUGAGAGGAGAAGAUGCAGUCUUCCCGAAAGGAGAAGACACAGUCCCCCUGAGAGAAGAAGCCACACUCCCCUUGAGAGGAGAAGACACAGUCCUUCUGAGAGGAGCCGACGAAGCCACUCUGAGAGAACCCAUCACAGUCCCUCUGAGAGGAGCCGUCACAGUCAUUCUGAGAGAACCCAUAGCAGCCCCUCUGAUAGAACCCGUCACAGUUCUUCUAAGAGAACUCAAGACAGUCCUCCUAAGGAGAGAAUCAAGCACAGUUCCCCUGGGCAGAGGCCCAGACACAGUUUGUCUAAAGAUUUCAUGAAUUACUCAAACACAAAAAAACACGGACACAGGGCAAGUUUGGAGGCCUGA